ACAUGUUUUGAGAGAGAAAAGAGAGAGAAGGUAAAAACGCACCCCCUAAUAACCCAACGACGAGGACGACGACUCCAUUUCCGCUUUCGUCCGCCUCCAUAGCACCAUGCCCAUUUCCUUCCUAAGAUUUUCCAAAACCCAAAUCACCGCCACCUAUCUCCACCAUGUGACCACCAGCAGCAGCAGAUGAGCCACAGUUCCAUGCAUUCUCACAAUGCCUUGGUGGCAAAGCGCCUUCUCUUCAUCCUCAGCCUCUUCCUCAUCGUCCUCCUCCUCCUCUAAAUCCUAUUCCGACGAUAGUCUUCUCCACCGCAUCGGCCUCCGGAGUCUCCGCGGCGGCCGUCGGGUAAGGUCUCAGCAGCGCCGUCUAACCCGAGCCAGGCAGCUCCGGUAUCUCCCCGACCACAUCGUCGGAGAUCCUCAGGUGCUUUGGCGCUCUCCCAGCGCUCUAGAACAUUCCACGGCACGGUCUUCGUCGGCUGUGGUUCCGCAGCCUUUGCCUCUUCCUGAAUUGGCGCUGUUGCUCCGCCGCGAUGCCAAUUUGGUUUCGAAUUCCACCUCUGGGAAUGUUCCUUUGCCCUCUCCCAAAAAUGUGGCCAGCAAAGGAGGUGGAGAGGAGAGAGAAAGAACCCAGAAUUUCAACGAAGAUGCCAACGGUGAUGGAGUCACGUCAAAUACUGGUUUAGGGAGUAGAUUAGUUAAUCAAGAUGCCCGAAAGAGUAUGGAGCAUGCUGAAACACGGUCAUCUAGGAAGUCUCGUCGAGAACUGAAUGGGGCAGAGAGUAUUCGAGACAAUUACAGGAUUAACAUUCCUGUUAGUGCUCCAACUAGCUCUUUCUCAAGUCCUGCAAUAAGCCCACAAAGAAGUACUGGGGAUUAUUAUGCAUAUCAAUACAUGACUCCUCAAGUAUUUCAAAUUUGGUCUGCGCCUGAGAUGCCCCCUUCAGAUAUGACUCCAGGUCUAGGGCUCCCUCCUCAAAUUUCCCCAGAGAAAAAUGAAUUUAGUAUGGGUAGUUCACCCCUCCAUAGUCCAAAAUUAAGUCCCCAUCGAAAUACUGUAGCUCUGGGUGGACCUGCAUCACCAAUUCUUAACAAAUCAGCUGUCGAGGCCUCAAUGGCACGUCCUGAAAGUAUUGCCCAGGCUACUGUCCACGCUCUACCUCUUCCUCCGGGAGCUGCUGUGUCUCCACAGCCUGCUGUUCCUCCUCCUCAAGUUACAGCUAAAGCGGAGCUGAUGCCUAUCAAAUGCCAAUGGCAGAAGGGAAAACUUAUUGGGCGAGGGACAUUUGGAAGUGUUUAUGUUGCCUCCAACCUAGAAACUGGAGCUUUAUGUGCGAUGAAAGAAGUUGAAAUAUUACCAGAUGACGCAAAAUCUGCAGAGUGUAUAAGGCAACUAGAGCAGGAAAUUAAAGUUCUCAGCCAGCUAAAGCAUCCAAAUAUUGUACAGUAUUAUGGUAGUGAAAUGGUUGGUGAUCGGUUUCACAUAUAUUUGGAGUAUGUUCAUCCUGGUUCCAUCAACAAAUAUAUCCGUGAUCACUGUAGAGCAAUUACAGAAUCUGUUGUGAGGAAUUUCACUCGUCAUAUUCUCUGUGGGCUGGCUUACUUGCAUAGCACGAAAACAAUACAUAGGGACAUUAAAGGGGCUAACUUACUUGUGGAUGCAUAUGGGGUCGUCAAGCUUGCAGACUUUGGGAUGGCUAAACAUCUUACUGGGCAAGCAGCUAAUCUUUCUCUAAAAGGAAGUCCGUACUGGAUGGCUCCUGAGCUCUUACAGUCUGCCAUGCAGAAAGAUACUUGUUCUGACCUUGCUCUAGCUGUUGAUAUAUGGAGUUUGGGUUGUACGAUCAUCGAGAUGUUGAAUGGGAAACCUCCUUGGAGCGAGUAUGAAGGAGCUGCAGCCAUGUUCAGGGUUCUGAAGGAGAACCCACCCAUCCCUGAAACACUGUCAGCCGAAGGCAAGGAUUUCUUACAUUGUUGUUUUCGCAGAAAUCCGGCAGAGAGGCCAUCAGCGAGCAUGUUACUAGAACAUAGAUUCGUGAAAAGUUCACAGCAGCUGGACCUUUCAUCUUGUAUCCAGUCAUUUAAUGGGAUGAAAUUGAAGGAUAAAGCACAUUCUCAAAGAGAGCAGUCCAGAUGUAAACUUGAUCAGUUGCAAGUAUCUACACAGACCACAAAAGGGAAACUGGUGAACAACUCCAGCUUCAUGCAUGAUUCUUUUUCUCCAGUGAGACUUGGCAACGAUCUUGUCAUGAAACUUCCAACUUAAUAGUGGUCCCUCGUCAUUCACCUCAAUCAACUCUCGAGACUCUUCCUAGUCUAUCCCCUCCGCACUCAGGCCACAGCACAGAUCAUCCCAGCCCUUCUGCAGGUGUCCCCCGGCUCUAUUAAACAGGGUGCCAAGAAGUAACAUAUAUGAUGUGGAGGGAAAUUACCACCCUUUUUUUUUGUCUGAUAAAAUUAUUAUUUUUUGAGAAUGUCCAUAGCCUUCCACAGAUGCGCUCUUUAGGUAGCUUGCAACCAUUGGGAGUUGGAGCAGUAGGUUCUUUACGAGGUCCAUUUGUCCCGGAUAUUUUUUGUUUGGACAGGGAGUUAGAAGUAGGUUUUGUUUACUAUUCAUUAAUAUUGAGAUACGAAGAUUACAGCAAUGUAAUUGUGUUAUUCCAGUGUAUCAGUUUCACAUGUUCAUAGAAUUGGAGACUGAAAGAAUGUAUAGAGACACCAGAAAGUUCAGUUUCCUACCUCAUCAAUGCUUCUUGUAGAGUUU